CUCGCUUGCGAAUCGGACGUCGCUUGUGUGGAGGAUGUCGCCGUUGUCGUCGGGUUUGCUUUCACACAUGAUAACAAUGAUCUCGCCCGUUAUCUCCGGCACCGUUCUGCUGCUGGCAGGCUGUGCUUAGAGCCGCGGUCUGGUUUCUGUCCCCCGGUUGGGGCCGCACGGUGUUCUCGCAGUGAUGGAAGCGGCCGCUGUGGCGCCUUUAUCCCGCAUCUUUGCUGGCCGCGGUCAGAGGAGGAGGAGCGGGCAGCGCGCUGGCUGAAGGCCUCAGUUAGGCCCGCGGCUGUAGGAUUUCUCGGGGUUUGACUCCGGGCAGAGCUUCUCCUGCUGCUCGGCGCUGUUUUAGGAGUUUUCCUGUGUUUACCUGCUUGGAAAUACACAAUUUGGAGUGUGUGGUGAUUUCUUUGCGUGGCUGCGGGACUGGAGCUGAGAAGCUGAAACGCUGGAAAGCUAAGAAGCUGAUGAGCUCGGGCUGCUGUUAGCACAACAUUGGCAUUGAAGAGACUUAAGAAGAGAGACGUGUGGGUCUGUUUCUUUCUGUGGAUACCUAUAGCGUUUACUAAGCGCUUGGACGGAAUUUUUAGAAACUUUUUGAGGGGAUUGUCCGGCUAUAACUGAGCUGGACUGCAUUUUCUUUCUGGACUGAGCUGGCUGGGUAAGCUAGCGCUAGGUUAGAUAACCUAGCUAGCUUAACUAGCUUAGCCUAGCCUAUCCAAACGCUCAUUAACCUCGACUUGUUUGAAUGUGGGAUAAAAUGGAGACCCCGACAAUCGUGUACGACCUGGACACCUCCGGUGGGCUGAUGGAGCAAAUCCAGACUCUGCUCGCACCGCCCAAGUCCGAGGACUCGGAGAAGAGGAGUCGAAAGCUGGACAGGAGCACCAGGAGAUCCGGCCGGGCCACCAACCACGACACUUGCGAUAGUUGUCGGGAAGGAGGGGAUCUCCUCUGCUGCGAUCACUGCCCUGCUGCCUUCCACUUGCAGUGCUGUAACCCACCACUCAGCAGGGAAAUGCUGCCCCCUGGCGACUGGAUGUGCCAUCGCUGCACAGUCCGCAAGAAGAAGCGAGAGCAGAAAAAGGAACAAAUCAAUGGUCUCAUUCUGGCAAAGCAGACCCCGUCCCCAGCAGCCGAGCUGGACUUGGGGACCCUCCGCCUGGACCCCACCGUAGCUGUGGGCGGCACGGGGCUGCGGGCGGCGGUGGCACAAGUGCGACUCUUAGAAAGGAGACCCAGCAGCCGACCAGCCACCCCCACCUCCAACGCUUCUUCAACGGACACCCCCACGCUCUCCGAGCAGAACGACAUGGAGGAGGACCUGCUGGAUGUGGAGGACGAGGCUCAGGGCUCCGAGCCAGAGAGCGCCACAACGCUGACUACCCUCAAGAGGCCCUUUGACCUCCUUAUCGCUGCUGCCAUGCAGAGGAACCCCACGCAGUUCCAGCUCCCUAAUGACCUCACCUGCACUACCGCACUUCCAGGAACCAGCAAGAAAAGAAGGAAAGAAGAAAUGACGGGAAAGAACGUGAAGCGGCCACAGCACGAGCUGGACCACUACGGGCUGGUUCCACUGCCAGUGAAAGUGUGUUACACCUGCAGCAGGAGUUGCAGACUGGCUCCGUUGAUCCAGUGUGAUUAUUGCCCCCUUUUGUUCCACAUGGACUGUCUGGAACCGCCACUCACUGCCAUGCCCACGGGCAGGUGGAUGUGUCCCAAUCACAUCGAGCACCUGGUGCUAAACCAGAGAAGCCUCACGCUCAGCAAUCGAUGCCAGCUGUUUGACCAGUUUCAGGACCGCAUAUCCCAGCAUGCUGUUAAAGUUGACUUUUUGCAGCGAAUACACCGCCAGCACCCUCCUACACGACGGGCGAUCCACACACACAUAAAGAAAACUCUGAAGGUCCCAGAUGCCAUCAAGGCGCAGUAUCGCAGUCCGCCUGUAAUAAUGGCGCCGGCAGGAAUUCGGGAAGGUGAGCUGAUCUGCUCAGGCGUGCCGGAACUUUUGCCGCCCCAGCACUUCGCCAGCGACGAUGAACAGCAGCAGUGGCUUCGGGACGUGAUCUCGCUACAGUGUAGCAUCGUGAGGCAUUUGUCUGCCAAGCAGACGUCCUCCUCACAGUGGUCCUCGGAACAGACAGAAAAAACAGAUGUGAAGCCGAAUGUGGGAGCCGACUCGGGCUCUCUGCCUACGUCUACACACAGCACGGACACUGCGGUCACGGGCAAAACGUCGGACGCCCUCAGCCUUAACUCCACGAGAACCAGUGAGGGCCACAGGCCGUGUGGCUCCUGCACAGACGGGCCCUGUCAGAACUGUGGAACCACUAAUGGUCCUAUAGACAGGCUGGCCCAGGCCAACGGCAGGCAGGUCUGCUCAGGCGCUCUAAAGGCCGACCUCCAGCACGGACCAGUUAAACCUAAAGCCCCCGAAGCACCUCAUUCUCACACUCCCCCCACCCCUCCGCCUUCGGGCCCCGGCCUGUCGAACCACGCAGGCCCGGUGCUUGUAAAGACUGAAGACCCUGUUUCAAAGUCGUGUGCUGCUUCACAGCCCCUACCUUCCGUUAAAACUGAGCCCAGCCCCCCUCCUUCGCUCGCUCAAAGGACUUCCCUGAGCUUGCAGGGGGGCCAGGUCACUGUGCUGGCCAAACGGUUGCCGUCCUCUCUUGCCGCCUCUGGGACGCCAGCCAUCACGCCGCCACAAGCUGUCCCAGAUACUGGUGCCAGCUGCCAGGCCUCUCCAGCACCCUCGUCUGAUGGAAAGCUUCGAGAUGCUGCUGCCACACAAGGAAGUGGUUCAGACCUCUUCAAUUUGGGAGAUCUUUCCAGCUGCCUGAAGAGCAUGAUGAAGGGGGCUGGAGAGAUUGAGUUAAACGCAUUGGACGAGAAGUUCAUCAAGCUCCUGGCGUGGCAGCGAAUUCAGCAGCUGUUUGAGCCCAAAGCACUUCCUGCACACAGCAGUGUGGCGUCUCCUGCCACCUCCUCCCUCACACAGGAGAGCCGGCACACUGAAGCACAAAAUAAGGACGUUCAGGCGAGAGCUACGUUUUAUCCUCUGUCGGGGAAGGGAGCAGCAGUCAGCAUGUGCUACAGAAGCCUUUAUAUUGGGACCGGUGCUGACAUGGAUGUGUGCCUUACGAAUUACGGCCAUUGCAACUACGUGUCGGGAAAACAUGCAUGCAUUUUUUAUGAUGAGAACACAAAACAGUACGAGUUGCUGAACUACAGUGAACACGGUACAACGGUGGAUAACGUGCUCUACUCCUGUGACUUCUCAGAGAAGACUGGGCCUAGCCCAUCCAGCAGCCUGGUGUCUAAAGUGCAGAACAUCAUUCGUCGCAGUAAGAAGAGAAAGCAGCAGGAGCUGCAGGAGGAGGAGCAUAAGCAGCAGCAGCAGCAGGGUAGCGAGACGGGAAUUCUGCCCGAAGGAGGCGUGAUGAGCAGCCAGGCCGAGGUGCCGCCCCUCACGCCCUGCAGCUGCAAGGCCAGCGGCUCCAGCUUGAUCGGGGGCAGCGGGGCUGGCUGGGAAGGCACGGCGCUCCUGCACCACGGCAGCUACAUCAAGCUGGGCUGCUUGCAGUUUGUCUUCAGCAUCACAGAGUUCGCCACCAAGCAGCCCAAAGAGGAAGAGGGCGCCAGCGCCAUCAGCUGCAGCCCCGCACCCAGUCAGCAGGGGGAGCCACUGGCCAAGCCCAGCACCCAGAUCCACCAGAUCCAAGUGCCAGUGCUGCACCACAACCCCGUUCCCUAGCCUCCCUAGCCGGCGCCCCCUGCCGCUUUCAACCAGCCUCGGAGCUCGGACUUGUACAAAGCUUCUGCUUCUUUUGUAACUAUUUAAUUGUUCAUACAUUUGCAUGAGGUGAAGUAUUUUUCCCUUUUCCUCUCUUUCAGAGGAUCUGAUUUUGUGGGCAAGUUGCACAUAGAAACUUUCUUUGUGUGUGUAAAUGCAAAACGUUGAGUUUGUUGAACUUGCAUUUUUAAAAGGGAUGGGACGUCCUUGAUCUUCUGAGAACCAAUGAGCAGGCGAGAAGUUUCCACUUGUAAAGAAAUGAGAACACGUUCUAUUUUGUGCCAGUAACUAUAGUUUUUAUAUCAACAUCCUCUUUUUUUCAUAAACGGAAACUUUUAUUUACUCAUUUUUAUUUAACGUACUGUAUUUGGUAUAGUAAUGUUCUGGUGUUCCAUUUUGCUACCUUCACAGUAGCACCUCUCUAUAUUCACGUGUGUGCUCACACACGUGAAUAUAUGCGUACACGUUGUAUAUAUGUCUAUGUACUUGUAUCCAUGUACCCGUGUGAAUAUGCAAAUAUCCACACACCAAACCUACAUGAAAAGGAAUCCAUUGUUUUAAAAACCAGUGAUGAGGGAAGCACUGGAUUCCGUGUACAUAAAGCAGUCUGGCUUUUAUAUUUGUACAGUGCUUCAUUUGGUUGAUGUUCUGUAGCUAAGAAAAAGUGUUAAGUCCUUUUUUUUUCCUUCAAUACUGUAGUCAUUAUGUAUAUGUCUGUUUCAAAGAGGUUUCAUCAGAACAGUUUCAUGUACUCUGUAAUUACAAUUUUGACCAGUUUCUUGUCUGUCAAACAAUGUAAAUAUCUAAAGAUUUUAAAUAACAUGCUUUAGAAACAC